AUGGCCUAUCGUUUACGAUCGCUACCAAACUCUUUAACUGCUCGGAGCAGGAUUGUGGCUCUCAAGAUAGUCCUCAACAAAGAAGUGAGCUCGGAUGAGUUGGAAAAGGAGGACUUUUUCAGAAGGGUGCAGCGAGAAGCUGACAUUCAAAAGCAGCUGAGCCAUCCCAACAUCGCUGCAUUCCACAACUUGGUCGAUCUCAACAAAAACGAGGGAAAAAUUGUGUUUGAACUUGAAUGGUGCGAUGGUAUCGAGCUUUCGGUCUACCUGAGGAAAUACCAAUGCUUGGAGGAGAAAGAAGCACGCUCCAUCAUUAAGCAGCUUUUCUCUGCAAUAUUUUAUCUUUACAAGCUGAAAGAAAAAGUAAUUCACUACGAUCUAAAGCCAAGUAAUAUUAUGUUCUGCGACGGCAUCGUCAAGAUCCUUGAUUUCGGACUAUGCAAGUACAAUCCUGACGAGCGUCCUACUCCUGAGGAGGCAUACCUGCAUCCCUACCUGAAGAAGGAGUGA